AUGGCUGUGGUAGUGGUUAUAGAAGUGGUAGUGGUGAUGCUUGUGGUGGUGAUGGUGGUGAUGGUGCCAGAGAGCACUGAAGUAUUAGGAGUAAAAGCCAAGAAGUGGCAGAGGAGAGUCUCAGGAAACAAAGAUCCAAAUGAUGGCGACACAGACAUGAAGGGAGAUGAUUUCCUUCCCAAACCCAGCCUCAGGGCUUGGCCAAACUCAGUGGCUUCAGAGAACAGCAAUGUGACGCUGCAAUGUGUGAGUCCCACACCAGGCACACAACUUGUUCUCAGAAAGGGAGAUACCAUUUUGGAUUCCAGGCUUCCACAUCAUUUGACAGAGGGGACAGCUGAGUUCCGUCUGACUAACCUUCAGCUGAGGCAUGCUGGAUAUUAUACCUGUGAAUACUACAGAAAAGAAUUGCCUAAUAAAAGUUCACCUUCCAGUGAUGUCCUCUUACUCUUGGUCACAGGAUACUUGCCUAAGCCUUCCCUCCGAGUCCAGUACUUUGGCCAAGUAGCCACAGGAGGAAAGGUGAACCUACAGUGUCAGAAGUCACACAAUUUCACAGAGUAUAAAGUGUUUGUUCUACUAAAGGAGGGAACUUCAUCCCCCAUUCAGCUUCUGAAUUCAGAAAAUGACACAGUGGAAUUCACCCUUCAGAAUGUGACAGUCCAUGAUGCAGGAAGGUACAGCUGUGUGUACCUCCAGGCAGAGGCCCCUUUCAGGGCUUCACAUCCAAGUGAGCAUCUUGAUAUCUCAGUAGCAAUUUCCCUAAGGUACUUACCAGGAUGUUACACCAAGAUUAAGCUCAUCAGGCUGGGUAUGUCCGCCAUGUUUGUGGUGAUUAUGGCAGUCUUCCUGGCUGAAGCCUGGUACAGCCAGAGGGUAUCACCAAACAGACUCAGAGAUGAGUCUGGUUCCCAGUGUCCUCGGAGGUUAGCUCGCAACAACCUGUAA